AUGAAACAAUACUUCAAGAAAAGCCCCAAGGAAUCUAAGGAACCCGAACCAUCGGUCGACAACGCCAGAGAUGUUGUUGAAAGCGAUAAAAAGAAGAGCACCAUGUCAGACUACGCGAAGCAGUAUUUCAAGCAAGCACAAACGUGGACAGCGGACGAAGCUGUUGAGGCCAAGAAAGCGCUACAGAAAGCUGCAGGACUGGGUGCUCGACCUGAUGUUAUUCCUGAAGGGGAGGCGCAUGUUAGUGGCGAGCCUAGGACUGUAGAGCUGGGAUGGCACCCAGUGGCCGGAGCGACGGGGAAGUGGUUCGCGGCCAGCAUCAUCGGCAAACAGAUCCAAGACAAGAUUGGAAGUUAUCCAGAUCCGACACAGCAUUGGGCUGUGAUAGCGGGCGACUAUGUGCAUCAGCUUUGGAUGGACGAGAAUCUUAACAUCAUCUACAUCAACGAGAAGCUGAACCGAGAAGACUGGCACCUCUUCGAAGUCGGCAAGACAAGAUUCAACGACCAAGCACUCCGAGAGGCCAGCCGUAUGACCAUUCACAACAUGCGCGAAAAACGACCCGCCUACAACCUCAUCAGCAACAACUGCCAAAAUUUUGCCGUCGAACUUCUCAAAGCCAUCCAAGUCGGCGCUCACCGCGACUUUGGCACGAGUUUCGCCAUCUACCAGCGGGCAACUGGAAAAGGCGCCAUCAUGGACCUGUUCGCUGAACAGCCAGAAGCAGAUCCGCCUGAAUUGCAACAUGACGAGUCAGAGAUGCCGCCGCCGAAGCGACAAGAUACUGUGAAUUUUGCGCAACAUGUCAUGGAUGAGAAUACGACGAAGCUUGAUCACGAUGGCGAUCCGAGGAGGGGAUGA